AUGACAAAUAAUAAUGCACUUCGUGAACUUAAACUUCAUAGUCCAGCUGGCGUUGAACCAGCAAUAUUUACAUGGCCAAAUAUUGAACAACAAAAUACAAAUAAAGAUUCCGUGUUUGUUGGUGGUGAUGAAAUUGUUAAAACAAUACGUUUAGUUUUUGAAGAUUAUCCUGAAUUAUAUCAACAAAAUCUUGGUCUUGCUACUUGUGAUAUACAUUCAUAUACACAUAUGAAAGAAUUAUGUGAUAAAUUUAAUAAAAUAAUUGAUACACAUAUUAAAUUAAAUCGUGGCACAGAAGCAUUUUCAGCUCGUCUUGAAAAACGUGCAACAUCAAAAUUAUUUCGUCAUAUACUUGCUCAAGUUUAUAGUCGAGCUGUAACAGAUCCUGAUAAAUUACGUGCUUAUGAACCAUUUUCACCUUCAGUUUAUGGCGAAACAUCACCGGAUUUAAUUGAUUCAAUUCUGAAAGUUAUUAAUUUAACAGAAGAUCAAACAUUUAUUGAUCUUGGUUCAGGUGUUGGAAAUGUUGUUUUACAUGUAGCAGCAUUAGCUAAUUGUAAACAUGUUUAUGGUAUUGAAUAUGAAGAAGUACCAGCAACAUAUGCAUGUGCUAUGGCUGAUGAAUUUCGUUCGUGGAUGCGUUGGUAUGGAAAACAAUAUUCAGAAUUUCAAUUGGACCAAGGAGAUUUUUUAACACAUGCAAUGAUAGAUGAAAGAAUUAAAGAAGCAGAUGUUAUUUUUGUUAAUAAUUAUGUAUUUGGUGCAAGAGUUAAUCAUGAACUUAAAGUUAAAUUUAUGAAUAUGAAAGAUGGAGCAAAAAUUGUUUCAUCAAGAGAAUUUUGUCCUGAAGCAUUUCGACUUAACGAUCGAACAAAAAAUGAUUUAGGAGCUGUUAUGCAUGUUACAAAACCAGAUGAAUUGUUGGGAAAAGUUAGUUGGUCGGAUAAAUCUGUUCAAUAUUAUUUUCAUGUUAUUGAUCAUAGUAAAUUAGCACAUUAUUAUGAAAAAAUACAUCAACACCAUACAAAAGGAAUAAAAACAUUUCAUACCAAAUCAAACGAUGAUGAUAAUUCUCUAUCACCAUCAUCAAAUAAUUCAAGUUCAUUGAAUUCAUCUUUAAAUGGUAAAAAUCAUCGUCAAAUAAAAUCCAUUUCAAAUCAACAAACCGAUGAAAAUGAAUAUUCUUCACAUCAUAUUAAACGUAAACGUAAAUUUAAUUCAACAACAGCAACAACAACACCCAAUGUAAAUGGUAAAAAAAUUUAUAUAAAAGUUCUUCCAGAUAAAAAUCAUUCAGAUUAUGAAUCUGAUUUAUCAAAUGAUGAAUCAAUAAAUUUUAAACGUCAACGUACAUCAUCAAAAAAUUAUCAUUCAACAUUAAAUGAAUUACAUCCAACAAAUGAAAUUUAUUAUCAAACAAAUAAAAAUCAACGUUUUAAUUAUCGUGAUAUGACAAAAUUAUCAAAUGAAAAUCUUAAUAUUUGUCAUUUUCGUGAUUGUUUAUUAGAAAAAGAAGAUCAACAAUUUUUAAAUUUAAUUAAUACAUAUUUAGAUCAAUUUCGACAACGUCUUUUUAAAUAUUUUACAUAUAUGAAAUCAAAUACAUAUCGUGAACAUUUAAAAACUCAAUUAGAUAAUGAAAUGGAAUUAAAUAAAAUUUUAAAAACAAAAGUUAAUUCUUUAGAAAAUAAUAUUAAAAUUUUAUUAGAAGAUACAAUUAAUUUACUUAAAUUACGUACAAAUGAAUUAGGUAUUGAACAAUUAGAACGACCUGUACAAUUAAUAACAUAUGCUAAUGAUAUAUCAAAUAAACAUAAAGAAUUACGUUCAAAAGUUGCAACACUUGAAAAAGAAAUAGCUGAAUAUAAUUAUGAGAAUGAAAAAUUAAAUCUUAUUUUAGAAUCUAUACCAACAAAUGAACAUCAUUUAUCAACAUUAAUACAUUCAAUUAAUGAUAAUACUUAUUCAACAUUAUUAGCAAAUAUGAGUAGACAAACUCAACAACAAGAAAGUAAUAAACAAUCAUACUCACCAAUAAGUCCAAUAUCAUCAAAUGAUAAAGAUAUGCCAUUUACAUCGACAGAAUAUUCAUCAUAUUCAAAUCAAAUUCCCGCAUCAUCACAUGAUAUUGUUAAAACUGAACGAAAAUCCAGUUUUACUAUACCGAAGAAAGUAAAGAAAACUUCUAAUUUAAAUUCCGAUAGUAAUACUGUUGUUUCAUCAAUUAAAACCACUGAUAAACAUAAUCGAUUACAAGAUUCAUUAUCUCAGCCUCCGCCUCCUCCACCAUCAUCAACUGUUUCUACAAGUAUCAAUAAUCUUUUAUCGAGUAAACAACUUGAACCUGUUCAAGUUCACUCAGUUGUAUCAUCAGUUGGACAACAAACUAAACAACAACCGCAACAACAAUCUGUUAUUCAAUCGGUUAAUGUUAAGCCAUUAUUAAAUAAUUCUCCGUCAUCAUCAUCAAAUACAAAAUCAUCACACUUAUCAUCAAAUGAAAUAAAUCGAACAAUGAUGGCACAAUCUCCUCGUAAAAAACGUGAUUUUUAUGGAAAAUCAUCAGGUUCAUCAACAGCAUCAACUCCACCAUCAUCAUCAACUUCAUCACCAAACAGUAAAUCUUAUCGCCAUAUGAGCAUAACAGAUUCAUCGUCUUCAAACAAAAAUCGUCCUUCAUCAACACCGGCAUGUACAACAACUAUACGUACACCUAAUUUGCCCGAUCGACCCGUCUCUAUUCCUCCAUUAAAAACUUCAUCUUAG